AUGAAUACUUUAACUUCUUCUCCUAACCAUAUGGAUACGAAAAAUUCUGGAGCUGCUAAAAGAAUUUGUACUUCGACCUUAAUUAGCACAAACAAAUAUCCAAAGUUCUUAGUUAUCACUGGUGAGCUAGAAAAUCUAUCACCAUUCUUCAUCCAUAAGCAUAUUGCGGCCUCAGUAGGCGAGCCAAAACACAUAAAAAAGCUCCGUUCAGGAUCUCUGCUCAUCGAGACUACAUCUGAUGCACAAUCUUCCUCUCUCCAAAAAAUGACCAAAAUGGGGGAACAUUCUAUUACUGUAUCCCCACAUAAGUCUUUGAACACGUCAAGAGGUGUCAUUUCGGAAAUAGACUUGAUAUCAGUCUCUGAGGAUGAACUUUCAAAAGAACUCGCCGAGCAAAAUGUAUGUGGCGUCCGCCGAAUAAAAGUCCGUAGAGACGGGCAACUCGUCAACACAAAACAUCUUAUUCUGUCUUUCUCCUCUCCAGAGCUACCGAAAGCCAUUAAGGCAGGUUACCUAAAUUGCCCCAUCAGACCUUACGUGCCGAACCCACUGCGCUGCUUCAAGUGUCAACGGUUUGGCCAUGCGAAGGCCGCAUGCCGGGGAAACCUGGCAUGUGUGCUCGCUGUUCUGCAGGAGGUCACGAAAGUCAGGAUUGUGUAG